CGUCCUUGUACCCCCUCCCAUGGUUCUAACCUCUCCUGCCUUUAAGGUUUCUGCGGUGCGGCUGAGGGUGGCGGCCCCAGCCCCCGGCCAGCUGCCCGCGGUGCUGGGGCUAGAGCGGAGCCGAGCCGCACCACCCCGGCAGCGAUCCCCCUCUCCACCCCCGUGCACACGAGCCCGACAGCGAGGGAGGGCACGGGAGCCCGGGAGCGGCGGCAGCUGAGCCGCAGCGUCAGGCGCGGCACUAGGGCGGGCAGGGGCGGAAGGGGUCUCAGAAACAGCGUGAAUCAUCUCCCACUCUCUCCCUCGCCCACCAUUUACACCGCUCGCUCCCUCCUUCUCCCCCUCCCUUCUUCCCUCCCUCCCUUCCCACCGAUUCUGUCUCACUCGUUCUCUCUCCCCUCCUCUCCCACUCACUCUCUCCCCUCCUCUCCUCUCCCACUCACUCUGUCCUCUCCUCCUCCUGUCUCACUCUUUUCAUUCUUUCCCCUCCUUUCCUCUCCCCCUUUCUUUUCCCUCUCUCGCCCCCCUCGUUCCCCUGUCUCCCUUCUCCUCAUCUCCUCCUGACACUGCACUGCAGCUGCUCCUCCAGUCCAGUCCUGCCCGCUUCCCUCCCUCCUUUCCCUUCCCUCCCCCCGGGUGCCAGAUAAACAAGGCGCGCAGCAUCCUCGACAAUCCCGAUCUUAGCUCUACAUUUUCGAAAAGGACAAGAGAACGGGACGAGCCCCCUCCCCUCCUCCUCCUCCUCCACCCCCUUCCUUCUCCUCCUCCUCCUCCUCCCCCCUUCCCUCCCUGCCCCCCCACCAGAGAAGGGAAGAGACAAUUCUCCUCCGAGCAGCAGCAAACAUGAUGGCGGCAGCUCCCAUCCAGCAGAACGGGACCCACACCGGGGUUCCCAUAGACCUGGACCCGCCGGACUCCCGGAAAAGACCGCUUGAAGCCCCCCCUGAAGCCGGCAGCACCAAGAGGACCAACACGGGCGAGGAUGGCCAGUAUUUUCUAAAGGUCCUCAUACCUAGUUAUGCUGCUGGAUCUAUAAUUGGGAAGGGAGGACAGACAAUUGUUCAGUUGCAGAAAGAGACUGGGGCCACCAUCAAGCUGUCUAAAUCCAAAGAUUUUUAUCCAGGUACUACAGAGCGGGUGUGUCUGAUCCAGGGAACAGUCGAAGCACUAAAUGCAGUUCAUGGCUUCAUUGCAGAGAAGAUUCGAGAAAUGCCUCAGGAUGUGGCCAAGACAGAGCCUGUCAGCAUUCUACAGCCUCGGACCACUGUUAACCCAGACCGCAUCAAACGAACAUUGCCAUCUUCCCCAACUACCACCAAGUCCUCUCCGUCUGAUCCCAUGGCCACCUCCAGAGCCAAUCAGGUAAAGAUUAUAGUUCCCAACAGCACAGCAGGUCUGAUAAUAGGGAAGGGAGGUGCUACAGCGAAGGCUAUAAUGGAGCAGUCAGGGGCUUGGGUGCAGCUUUCCCAGAAACCUGAUGGGAUCAGCUUGCAAGAGAGGGUUGUCACUGUGAGUGGAGAACCCGAACAAAACCGAAAAGCUGUUGAACUUCUCAUCCAGAAGAUACAAGAGGAUCCACGGAGUGGCGGCUGUCUCCAUAUCAGUUACGCCAAUGUCACGGGUCCAGUGGCCAAUUCCAAUCCAACCGGAUCUCCUCAUGCAAACACUGCUGAAGUGUUACCAACUGCUGCAGCUGCUGCAGGGCUGUUAGGACAUGCCAACCUUGCUGGAGUGGCAGCCUUUCCAGCAGUUUUAUCUGGCUUGACAGGCAAUGACCUGGCGGCCGUCGCCUCUGCACUUAAUCCAUUCGCCAGCUACGGAUAUAACCUCAAUCCAUUAGGUUUAGGCCUAAGUCAGGCAGCAGCUACAGGGGCUUUGGCUGCAGCAGCUGCCAGCGCCAACCCAGCAGCAGCAGCGGCCAAUUUGUUGGCCACCUGUGCGAGUGAAGCCUCAGCCAGUGGCAGCACCGCUGGCGGUACGGCGGGGACAUUUGCGUUAGGCAGCCUGGCUGCUGCUACUGCUGCAACUCAUGGAUAUUUUGGAGCUGCUUCUCCCCUAGCUGCCGGUGCCAUCCUAGGAACAGAAAAAUCCACAGAUGGAUCAAGGGAUGUAGUUGAAAUAGCAGCGCCAGAAAACUUCGUUGGUGCAAUACUUGGAAAAGGAGGGAAAACAUUAGUCGAAUACCAGGAGUUGACUGGUGCGAGGAUACAGAUCUCUAAAAAGGGAGAAUUCGUACCUGGCACAAGAAAUCGCAAGGUAACCGUUACUGGAACACCAGCUGCAACCCAGGCCGCACGGUAUUUAAUUACACGACGGAUCACGUAUGAGCAAGGAGUUCGGGCUGCCGAUCCACAGAAAGUGGGUUGAGAGCCCCUGUUAAACAUGGGAUUGUUUUAACCCCUCCUUACCCUAUUUUCAAGAAGGAUGUACUGUACUUUGCAGAAGUGAAGUUUUUCUGUUAUUAAUAUAUAAUUACGCAAAUGAAUGCGAAUAUGUUGAC